ACCAAUCAGCAAUCACUCUUCAGUCUAUAAUUUGAUUCAAGCAAAUCAAACUACAAAAUCACAAAAAAAAAACUAAAAUUCUUGAAGCAUAGAUAUAUCUAUUUGAUCUGGGAUAUUAUGGAUGAGAGUGGAGGGCGUCCACUAUACAGUUGCAGAAACUGCCGGAAUCCUGUUGCCUUACAUGCUUAUCUUGAAUCCAAAAAGUUUAAGGCAAAAUCUGGGGAGGCCUAUAUGUUUAGGCAGGCAAUGAAUGUUGUGGUUGGAGCAAAGGAAGUGAGGCAACUUAUGACUGGUGACUACGCAAUUGCAAAGAUAUUCUGCCGCACGUGCGGAGACGAAAUGGGCUGGACUUAUCUCACCGCUUUUGAUGCCCGACAGAAAUACAAGGAGGGCAAAUACAUUCUCGAGAAAGCUAAGAUUCUCAAAGAAUACUGAGAUUUGUUGUUGGAAUGUUUGCUUGUAAUAAUGGAUUUUGAAUAAAUACUGUAUUACCAAUUUCGAUCUUA